ACUUUCGCCGCUUUCUUCGAUCUUCGACUAUGAUCUCAUUCCACCGUCUUUUUUUCUUCUUCGCACUCUUAUAUCCAAGUUUUCAAGAUAUUCUUGAUUUGGAUGAGGAAGAUACUUGCUAUGAGAAUAACAAGCCGGUGUUUUGUCUGCCGAAAUUCGAAAAUGUGGUUGAAGGAAAAAAGAUUACGGCUUCUUCUACGUGCGGUCUCAAAAAUAAAUCACGAAUCUGCUUAAAGAAGAGGAACGAGUAUCUAAAAUGUGACGUCUGCGACUCUACUGAUCGGACAAAACAGCAUCCAACAGAUUUUCUUACAGAUUCGGAUACUCCGAAUAAAACAUGUUGGAUUUCUGAGGCACUUAUGACGCCUCCCCCGCACAACGUCAGCAUUAGAAUACAUUUUGGUAAAUCGUUUGAGCUUACCUACAUUUCGAUCGUCUUUUGUCAAGACGCUCCUGACAGCGUUGCUCUUUAUAAAUCUAUGGACUACGGUCAGCAUUGGACGCCCUUUCAAUACUAUUCAUCUUCUUGUAUGGACUUUUACGGCGUCAGACCUAAUCAAACCAUUACCCGGGACAAUGAACAAGAAGCUCUCUGUUCUCCUCUCAAGGGCGGUGUUUCCGCGACCUACGAUACUCCAACAAUUGCUUUUUCAACUCUGGAGCACAGGCCAAACUCAUUUAACCUAGACAAUUCACCUGUUCUUCAGGACUGGGUGACGGCUACUGAUAUUAAAAUAAUAUUCGAUCGUCUUUUACAGAACAAUGCUCUGGCCAGCAGUUACAUGACUAUGCAUUAUGCCGUCUCCGAUCUAUCGAUCGGUGGACGAUGCAAGUGUAACGGUCAUGCUGACAGGUGUAUUACGGAUGAAUUUGGAAGGUUGAAAUGUGUUUGUAAACACAAUACGGAAGGCAGAGAUUGCGAGCGGUGCAAGCCAUUAUAUCAGGACAAACCUUGGGCGAGAGCCACAAAGCAGAAUGCCAAUGAAUGCGUCAGAUGCAACUGUAACGGACAUUCGAAUGUUUGUCGUUUUAACAAGGAACUUUACGAAUGGUCUGGCCAUACAUCUGGUGGUAUAUGUCAAGACUGCAAGCAUAAUACCGCAGGAAGAUUCUGUCAUUAUUGCAAGGAGAAGUACUACAGAGACGUAACUGUUAAGAUAUCACAUGAACAAGCUUGUAAAGCUUGUGAUUGCCAUCAUUAUGGAUCAAAAGGAAAAGUUUGCAAUUCAGCGAAUGGACAAUGUCCGUGCAAAGUGGGCGUUAUUGGCCGUAAGUGUAAUCUAUGCGCCACGGGCUACCAACAAACUAGAUCGAAAAUUGUGCCUUGUCAGAGAAAAAUUUCCGGUUUGUACAAUUAGUUUGUCGCCUCAUUGCUUAUUUCCACUUGAUUUUACUAUUUGAUGCAUUGCAGGUCGUAAAUCAGACAGGAGUAAGUAUAUACGACUGUAAUUUUCCAUUAAGAUGAUUUGUAAAACAUUUCUUCAUCGUUUCAGAUCGAAAACACAGACGAAAAAGUAGGUUACGCAAUUAAAUGAAUAGUUUUUUUUUAUGAAUCGAAAAUAACCCUCCCUUUGCAGAAAAUUGCUGGAAGUGUUUAAAGAGAUCAAAGAAAGCGAACGCGACAAAGUUUUGUAAACGUGAUUACGGUAAGAAUUGUAUAUCUCAAUCUUUUUGGCCUAGUUACUUCGUAAAAGAUUUCUAACGUUUUAUGUCUGUUUUGCAACAAAUUUUUAUAGCAUUCCACGUGCAUGUCCUCUACACCAAGCUCAAAAAGAUUAAGGAUGAAGAAUAUCUCGCGCAUAGUGUCAUUAUCAAAAUGGUUUACAAGCGGUUACGUCGUUCUGGAAUGUCUCUGAAAAAAAAUGAAAGAACUGUUUUACUUGUGAAAUAUCUCAGUAAGACUUGUAGCUGCCCUCAACUUUUACCAAAGAAAGAUUAUCUGAUCUUAACUCAACUUCGAUCAGAGAGAAAAAGAAGAUCUUAUGUUGGAAGGCAAGGUCUAUUGCUAAACAGAAAAACAGUUGUAUUGGAUUGGAAGAACACAAAUUAUAUGGAGAGAAAAGUAGACAAAUUUCAGAAACGCCAGCGGUAUCUCGGCUGUAAUUAAUGUUCAUGACCGAGAUGAUUAGGGUAAAUCAAAUUUUCAGCCAAGAGAAGUGUGGUUCUUCAUUUUGUACAUAAAAUAUAUACAGUAUAAACUGUAUGUGAAUAUAUAUAUAUAUAUAUAUAUAUAUAU